AUGGAAGACGAAGAAGAGGUGAUUGAUUACGAGGAAAAUUUGCGGGAAAAGCACUUGGAACAAAAAUUAAUUGAAGAACGCUUGAAAGAGGUUGCCCACAAGCAAGAAUUGCUUAAAAAGCUACGGAGUGAACUCAACGCUGAUCAAGCUAUGAAAUUGGCAAGCUUUCUUGAAAAUCAAAAGAAAACAGAUACAAUCCGUAAGAGAAUUGUGGUUGGAAAUACAUCUCAAUUUAUUUCCGAGAAACAUCGGGAAGUACAUGAUUCCUAUACUCAUAAAUGGACAAUCUAUGUCAGAGGUUCAAGUGAAGAACCUGAUAUUAGCACAUAUGUAAAGAAAGUUCGAGUAUUUCUACAUAGAUCAUUUGCUCCGAAUGAUAUUGUCGAUAUUUAUCAUCCUCCUUUUCACGUAUCCAGACGAGGAUAUGGCGAAUUUCAAGUGGUUGUCCAACUCCAUUUCAAAGGAAACACAGACAUCAACAAACCGCUAGACAUUGUUCAUCACUUAUCACUAGAUAGAAAAAACACUGGAAAAAUUGUUAAUUCAGCAGAAACAAUUGCAGACAUCGAGUUGGACAAACAAGCUCUUUCCGAGUCGGAUACCUUUGUUGACACACACCAGACAAAAACUAAGAAAAAACUCAAGCUAGAUUCAGAUGAAGAAUUCUCAGCUGAAGAAGUUAUUCAUCUUGGAUCUUCCUCUCCAGCUAAGAAAAAGAAAAAAUCACCGAAUGAUACAAAAGAUGAAACAGCAUUUGUAUUUGAAAGUGAAAUCAUUGAUGAAGAAUUAUCUUUUAUUUCUGAUAUGCCCUUUCCACCAUUCAGCUGCCAACCUUCAAAGAUGGAUUAUAUUGUCACACGAUUUGAUACCUUAAACAAAGAGGAAAGAGCUGUUAAGCUGGCGUCUGAAAGAUUUCCAAUGAUAGCUGACAACAGCAUCUAUCUUCCAUAUUUAUUUGCAACAUCUGAUGAAGUUUUUAUCAAUUGGACGAUAGGAAAAAGAAAAUGUGCCGAACGCAAGAGAGCUUUGGAAAUUAAAAGAUAUUUACAAACCAAACAUGCUAAUUUUAAUCUAUCUACUUCUUACAUUGCACGAUUAUUAAGAAACAUUGGCCUAACACCGAUUGUUUUCCAUAAGGAGUCAGCGUUAGAUAUGAUAGAGGAAGAGAACAAGAAAAAGGCUGAACAAUUUGAAGAGAAUCCACAAUUUUGUAAAUACUGUGGAUGCCCUCACCAGCCUCAAUCAGAUUUUAACCGUAUCCAAGAUAGAUGUAGAAAAAGAAUGAAGAUUCCUUCUUUUACCUAUCAUAUUGAAUCAUGUACAACUUCACUGGAUGAAGAAUGUUCUCAUCCUCUUAAUGAAUGUCCUCAUUGUUCAAAAUUCGCAAGCGGAAUGCGAACCAAUUGUGACUGUAGUGACGUCGGAAUUGAUGAAAUAAUGGAUGAAUGCGACUUCAAACUGAAUGAUAUGGCCUCGCUCAUGUUCAAUGUUCUCUUUCGAAAAUUUGCAUCCUCACUCCUGGUUCAUUCUGUAGCAAUGUACAAAGCUCAAGCCAAUAACGAAACUUUUAAAGAAUCUGAAGGAAAAGUUCUUGUUCCUUUCCACAUUCUGCAAAGCGUUAUGGAAUGUCCGCAAUUUGAUUUUCUCAGAAACAACCUUAAAGUUGUUGAUGAAAGAAAUCAAAUCAAUAAAAAACGAAAGAAGCCAUAA